AUGAUCAUCAGCUUGCUUUCUCCAGAAGUUAGAGAGGCAACACCCUUGGAACAAUAUUUCUCUCGAUCACUCGGCCUCUGUUUGUUAACACUUGGAGUCAUGGUCGUGCUUCUCACUGGAUCUGUACCUCUAUCCUCGACACUAUCUGACACAUCGUCGGCUGCCGUGUCGACGGAUGCUUCUGAUCCCAAAGCGCCAUACGCAGUCCCAACACUCACCAUAUCACUGUUAUACCACGCUUCAACAGCGUUCUAUGCCUAUAUGCGUUACACCACAAUGGGUCAGGCUGGAUUUGCGCUUGGUGUUUUUGGUUCUGGGGGGCUUGCGUGUAUGGGAUUGUGGUGUCUUCUUUUUGCAAGUAGCAGUGGCCGGAUCUCGAGGAAAACAGGAGCAGACAAACGCACGAGUAAUUUUCCUUUCGGAAACACGGAAAGUGCUAGCUACAAAAAGAAGAAGCUGGGGAAAGCAAUCUAG